AUGCUGUCGCGACUGACACGGUAUUUCAGGGUGGACCCUAUUGCCAACACAGGUUCUGUGGCUCGCGAUCUCCUUGCCUCCGAGAGAACCUUCCUCGCAUGGGCCCGAACUGGCCUCGGUUUCAUCGCUUUGGGAGUUGCUCUCGAGAAAGUGGAAGCCCUCGCAGCUCUGUCGCCGACACUACUUCACCUGUCCGACUCGAGGACCAAGAUCGCUGCAGGAGUCCUUGUCGCGAGCGGGAGCCUCUGCGUCGGGCACGGAACUAUACGCUACUUUUCCACCCUGCGCCAUAUACAAGAGGGGAAGUUCAGGCCCAACACGGGCGGUGUGACCCUCAUGGCGGUGACGUGUAUCGGGAUCGCGGUGGCUGGGAGUCUCCUUGUUAUUGAAAACGAAACAGAGAAAGCAAAGAGCGAGACAACGAGAAACGAAAGACCUGAUACACAAAACAAUCCAUCUGUUAGCCGGUCUCGCCUUUCCGCCUUAGCAACACCCAAGGCCCAACGGUCUAGCUGA